AUGCCUCUGUCACCCAGCCAUACAUCCCUCUGUCACCCUGCCCUCACCCAUACAUCCCUCUGUCACCUAGCCCUCACCUAUACAUCCCUCUGUCACCCAGCCCUCGCCCAUACAUCCCUCUGUCACCCUGCCCUCACUCAUACAUCCCUCUGUCACUCUGCCCUCACUCAUACAUCCCUCUGUCACCCAGCCCUCACUCAUACAUCCCUGUCACCCAGCCCUCACUCAUACAUCCCUCUGUCACCCUGCCCUCACCCAUACAUUCCUCUGUCACCCAGCCCUCACUCAUACAUCCCUCUGUCACCCAGCCCUCACUCAUACAUCCCUCUGUCACCUAGCCCUCGUCCAUACAUCCCUCUGUCACCCUGCCCUCACUCAUACAUCCCUCUGUCACCCAGCCCUCACUCAUACAUCCCUCUGUCACCUAGCCCUCACUCAUACAUCCCUCUGUCACCCAGCCCUCACUCAUACAUCCCUCUGUCACCCUGCCCUCACUCAUACAUCCCUCUGUCACCCAGCCCUCACUCAUACAUCCCUCUGUCACCCAGCCCUCACCCAUACAUCCCUCUGUCACCCAGCCCUCACCCAUACAUCCCUCUGUCACCCAGCCCUCACUCAUACAUCCCUCUGUCACCCAGCCCUCACUCAUACAUCCCUCUGUCACCCAGUCCUCACUCAUACAUCCCUCUGUCACCCAGCCCUCACCCAUACAUCCCUCUGUCACCCAGCCCUCACUCAUACAUCCCUCUGUCACCCAGCCCUCACUCAUACAUCCCUCUGUCACCCAGCCCUCACCCAUACAUUCCUCUGUCACCCAGCCCUCACCCAUACAUCCCUCUGUCACCCAGCCCUCACCCAUACAUCCCUCUGUCACCCAGCCCUCACUCAUACAUCCCUCUGUCACCCUGUCCUCACCCAUACAUCCCUCUGUCACCCAGCCCUCACUCAUACAUCCCUCUGUCACCCAGCCCUCACCCAUACAUCCCUCUGUCACCCAGCCCUCACUCAUACAUCCCUCUGUCACCCAGCCCUCACUCAUACAUCCCUCUGUCACCCAGCCCUCACCCAUACAUCCCUCUGUCACCCAGCCCUCACCCAUACAUCCCUCUGUCACCCAGCCCUCACUCAUACAUCCCUCUGUCACCCAGCCCUCACCCAUACAUCCCUCUGUCACCCAGCCCUCACUCAUACAUCCCUCUGUCACCCAGCCCUCACUCAUACAUCCCUCUGUCACCCAGCCCUCACUCAUACAUCCCUCUGUCACCUAGCCCUCGUCCAUACAUCCCUCUGUCACCCUGCCCUCACUCAUACAUCCCUCUGUCACCCAGCCCUCACUCAUACAUCCCUCUGUCACCUAGCCCUCACUCAUACAUCCCUCUGUCACCCAGCCCUCACUCAUACAUCCCUCUGUCACCCUGCCCUCACUCAUACAUCCCUCUGUCACCCAGCCCUCACUCAUACAUCCCUCUGUCACCCAGCCCUCACCCAUACAUCCCUCUGUCACCCAGCCCUCACCCAUACAUCCCUCUGUCACCCAGCCCUCACUCAUACAUCCCUCUGUCACCCAGCCCUCACUCAUACAUCCCUCUGUCACCCAGUCCUCACUCAUACAUCCCUCUGUCACCCAGCCCUCACUCAUACAUCCCUCUGUCACCCAGCCCUCACUCAUACAUCCCUCUGUCACCCAGCCCUCACCCAUACAUUCCUCUGUCACCCAGCCCUCACCCAUACAUCCCUCUGUCACCCAGCCCUCACCCAUACAUCCCUCUGUCACCCAGCCCUCACUCAUACAUCCCUCUGUCACCCUGUCCUCACCCAUACAUCCCUCUGUCACCCAGCCCUCACUCAUACAUCCCUCUGUCACCCAGCCCUCACCCAUACAUCCCUCUGUCACCCAGCCCUCACUCAUACAUCCCUCUGUCACCCAGCCCUCACUCAUACAUCCCUCUGUCACCCAGCCCUCACCCAUACAUCCCUCUGUCACCCAGCCCUCACCCAUACAUCCCUCUGUCACCCAGCCCUCACUCAUACAUCCCUCUGUCACCCAGCCCUCACUCAUACAUCCCUCUGUCACCCAGCCCUCACUCAUACAUCCCUCUGUCACCCAGCCCUCACCCAUACAUCCCUCUGUCACCCAGCCCUCACCCAUACAUCCCUCUGUCACCCAGCCCUCACUCAUACAUCCCUCUGUCACCCAGCCCUCACCCAUACAUCCCUCUGUCACCCAGCCCUCACCCAUACAUCCCUCUGUCACCCAGCCCUCACCCAUACAUCCCUCUGUCACCCAGCCCUCACUCAUACAUCCCUCUGUCACCCAGCCCUCACUCAUACAUCCCUCUGUCACCCAGCCCUCACCCAUACAUCCCUCUGUCACCCAGCCCUCACUCAUACAUCCCUCUGUCACCCAGCCCUCACUCAUACAUCCCUCUGUCACCCAGCCCUCACCCAUACAUCCCUCUGUCACCCAGCCCUCACUCAUACAUCCCUCUGUCACCCAGCCCUCACUCAUACAUCCCUCUGUCACCCAGCCCUCACUCAUACAUCCCUCUGUCACCCAGUCCUCACCCAUACAUCCCUCUGUCACCCAGCCCUCACCCAUACAUCCCUCUGUCACCCAGCCCUCACUCAUACAUCCCUCUGUCACCCAGCCCUCACCUAUACAUCCCUCUGUCACCCAGCCCUCACCCAUACAUCCCUCUGUCACCCAGCCCUCACUCAUACAUCCCUCUGUCACCCUGUCCUCACCCAUACAUCCCUCUGUCACCCAGCCCUCACCCAUACAUCCCUCUGUCCCCAUCCUCAUAG